CCCGACGGCACCGGGAUGUGGGGGUGUAUUAACACGGUCCAUACGGUCAGAACCGAGCGGUUCAUCCGGAUCCGGAUGGUCUCCCGGUUCGGAACGUCGGAACGGCGCAACCCCGGAACGCAGCGGCUCAGCUCCGCCUGCGCCCGGCCCCGCUUUGCGCGCACCUUCCUGCGCCGGGACCACCGCUGGGUGCCGGCCAUGCUGCGCCCCCAGCCCCUUUAUGUCCUGCUGCUGCUGCUGCACGGCGGCCGAGCCGGGUCUCCGAACAACGGCACCGAGACCCCACGGGAGGCGGAGGGGAACGGGACGCGGACGGGCGGGGGGCUGCUGCCCGCAUCGGGGCUGCCGGUGCUGCGGAGGGCGGUGUUUGUGGUCAGCGCUUUAUCGGUGUUGGCAGCGCUUUAUUUUGUACUGAGGACGUUCCGCUCCCGGCCCGACGGACGCAGACGGGAACCCAGCGCUGCUUUCAGAUGGAAAAAACCCCAGAGGAAGAAGUACGGCUUGUUGAGCAGCUCCGAUGAUCGAGUGGAGAUGGCAUCGCUGGACAGCGAGGAGGACACGGUGUUUGAGACUCAGAACCUCAGGCGAUGAUUUGGGACCAUCGGCAGCACAGCUGUGCAGACCAAGAGAGGGCUGCUGGAAUCAUCGUCUGACUGGGGCUCCAGCUUUAUUACCUUUGAUAAUUGCUUCUAAUUAACAGCACAAACUUCGGUUGCUGGGGAGGGCAAAGGGGACCAAAACCUGUUUACUUCACAUCUUUUCUUUUUUGGGGGGGGGGGGAGAAGUGAAGCUGCAAAGGACUUCUGCAUUCAGUGCUGCGUGGGGUGAUGCUCAGGAAGAUGUAAUGGAAGUGACUCUGCAUUUGGCAUUGAGUGCUGUAGGACUUUGCCCACUGCCUGGCUGGGGCUUUUUUGGGUGCUCUGUAUCAGCAGCCCUGAGCUUGGCAGGCUCAGCUUUCCCUUCUGUGAUGUCUGCUCCAUUCUCUAUGUGCCAUCAGCUGCACAUCAGCUGGUGUUGGGGCAGCAGCAUUGCCUUAAGGACAGACAGGGGAGUUUGGGGAGGGAGCAGAGAGCUUAAGUCAUCCUGGGUGCAGCAAUGGGGGUGGUUAGCAGUGAGUGGAUGAUGCUAUAAAUCCCUGCGUGGGUUUACAAAACAAAGAGAUGUUUGCAAACAAAGUGUAUGGGAUGGUCUGUGGGGCUGUGCUGGUGUUCUGCACCCCUAACCUUAACUCUAACCCUGAGCUGCUGUGUAAGGGAUGGCAGAGCUGGGGCCCUCUCAGCUGUGGUUCUGGGUCUGCUCUGAUAUCAUCUCCCUUUGGAGAUGCUGCUGUGUCCCAUCAGCUCAGCAGAAGGAACAGCAGUUGUUUGGUGCUUGGGUUCCCUGUGGGGCUGAAUGUGGGGCUGUUAGAGGGUCAAUCACAGCUGAAAUGGUGGGAAUUGCUUUCCAAGUGCUUCUGUUUGCAGCUUUCAGCCCCGAAGGGAUGGGAUGCUGCGGGUUGGGUGGUGCCGGAUCCCUCAGCCCCACAUUAUAGUGCCUCUGUUGGGAGCAUUGCCUGCAGGAGUUCCCCCAGCACUGUAAUGCACUGAGAAUGCUUUGGGUUUAAUGGCUCCUAGUGCUGGGUUGAACCUCCUCUGUGGGUAAGGGAGGAAGCCACGCUUGCUAAAAAGAGUGGGGCAGAGGGGUGACUCCAUGGGGCAGCAGUGACAUGAUUUGCUGCAUCCCAGGGGCUGCUGCAGUGCAUGAUAUGGAUCAGAGCUGCUCCAAGGAUAGAAUGGGAUAUAAAUGGGAGUGUUGCAGGGCAAGUGCAAAACCCAGGGCAGUCAUCACAGGGCCCUGGGGGUCCCAUUGGAACAAGCAUCUUCCCAUCCUUGUAUUGUGUCCCUGCAGCAUGGAGUGACCCAACAGCUUCAAUCAGUGCAUGCCAACACACCAGUAACCCAACACAGGUCUAUUAGCAGAGCUCAGAACUGCUAAGAAUGGAUGGAAAUACACAGAUGCAAAGGGACACACGUUUGCUUUGAGGCCACUAAUCCAAUGGGCCCGGAGCUGUUGGGACCAAUGGGGUUGGAGUGAUGAUGGUGGGAUGCAAUGCUGCGCAUCCAUGGGGCUCCUGUGCACCACGAGCAGCUGCCGCAGAGUUUGCUGGAAACAAUCAGUGUUGUUUAAGCCAAAAACUGAUUUCAGAAGCCGACAUAAUUGCCUCUCUGAUCCUCUUGGAGGGCUGCAUCGAGUUCCUCUCCUCUGGAUAUCGAGCCGUGAAGCAAAUCGACUGGGGUUGUCUGCGGAUGUUAAUGAGAUCGACUGAGAGCGAGAUGAGCAUCGGGGGCUCUGUUGUUAAUAACGACCCUCUGUUUUGUUUCGUUGCUGCACGUGUGACUGGAAUGGGAUCCGCAGCAUUAGAGUGCUGGAGCCGGCCCUGUGGUCUGAGCAGAUUGCCAAGGAGUCAAUAAAACAGCACUCGAGUGCAUUGCGUUGCCUGUGCUCUCAGGAAAGAAGAGCUGGGCUUUCACCCUCCUUGCUCGACUUGUUGAUUUCUUUUUCAAUAGCAACCAGUCCCGUAUCGAU